GUAGGUGGCCGCUGCUGCUGCUGAAGGCGCUGUCGACUCGUUAAGUUGUUAUAUCGUUCCCUAGCCUUCAAAUGAGCCGGCCCGAGUGAAGCGUUCGGGUUUGUCUGUCGAUUAUCCUCGACGUCCAUCUCUCCAUAGAUACAUGCAUUCAACGACUUCGCGAAGCCACAAUCAUUGUAGCCAGUGUGUGAGUCAUUCCAAAGGAGAACGUGCUAGUGAAUUUACGUGGUUGAUAAAAAAAACAUGUAAAAUACAACAUAUGUCUUGUAAAACAGCAUCAAUAACGUCAAAUGAUAUUAUGAAAUGCAAGGGCACUCCGUGACGAAGAACCUGUUCUGAAGUAGUCGUCUAGCCAGUGCACAAAAAAGGCCACAAUAGGAACAAACGAUAGUGAACGCUCGAGACGGUCAAACAACGAGACAAGGUUCAAGUAUUUGGUUACUGCCGUCGACGUCCUGAGGCAAAGGAAGAUUUUAAGGGGCAACAAAAACAACGAGAACGGCGGCAACAGCCCCUAGCGAACGGUUGUUAGUUAUAGAUCUUUUUAGUGACCUGUGUGUGUGUUAGUGUAUAUUGUGCUACCUUGGUUAACCAAAGGCUCAUCCAAUAAUUAUAAGAAAUAAAUAUUGUAGAUGUGCUAUCGCUGCUGUUGGACUACUUCGGAAAACGUCGCAGAGCUGAAGCUCGUUGGUGCGUUUGUGGGCAUCACGAUAUCAGUCGACUGAAGUCUUCAGAAUAUCAACGACAAUCACGCACAGAUUGUUGCUGAAUCCAGCAGAAGUGAAGGAGUCCAUUCGGCGACGGUGGUGAGGCUAGUGCUACUUCUACGCCGAGUACCGGCUUUAAUAACGGCCCCCCGCUAAUUUCGAUACCGGCCACUACGGACGCUACUGCCACAAGAAGACGUGGUGUGCCUGUCUCCGUGAGCCGUGCUAUUCCCACAGGCAAACUGGGGCCGGGAAGCGAGCCCCGGGUACCGAUGUCUCCUUACGCGGCCUUUGGCGCACCACUGGCGCCCUAUAAUAGUGUGCCGCUUCAUUACGUAGCCGCAAUACAGCACGCAUUACAAAGUGCAGCUGCGAGUGCGCAGAUCUCGACGCUAACAAGUCUAGCACACCAGACCGAAGUCGGUACGCCGGGUGCGUCGCCUGGCUGCACGCCCACCAUCCUACCCGCUACCGCUACCAGCGUUCCUCAUCACGCGUCACCUUAUUCCAUCGAAGGCCUCCUCUACAACAACAAUAAAGCUGUAACAGCUGCGGCAGCAGCUGUAGCAGCAGCAGCAGCAGCUCGCAGAGAAUCAUCCGACCAUGAAGAUAUCUCGGACAAUGAUGAUCCUGACAGAUACGCGAAUGAUGCGGACGCGAAGCGACGCCGGACACGUACCAACUUCAACAGUCACCAACUGGAUGAGUUGGAGAAAGCAUUCGAAGCCUCUCAUUACCCCGACGUGUUUAUGCGUGAAGCACUCGCCAUGAGGCUCGAUCUUACUGAGUCACGCGUACAGGUGUGGUUUCAAAAUAGGAGAGCCAAGUGGAGGAAGAAGGAAAAUACGAAAAAGGGCCCGGGCCGGCCUGCUCACAAUGCACAUCCGCAGACAUGUUCAGGAGAUCCCAUUCCGCCCGAGGAGAUCGAACGCCGUGAACGCGAUAAGAAGGAGAAAAAGCUGCGAAAACAGCUCGAUCGGACAGCAAAGCGGCUUGAACAAGCGCGCCUCAAGCCCGGAGUGAAUCUUGGUUCUCUCCAAGAGGCCAUUCAGCAGGCGCUGCACGAACUCUGGAGCCAUGCCCCUGGAAAGCAGCCGGCCGACCUUAUGGGACAGGAAACAUUUUCAUUGCUGGAAUCAAUGGGAAUCAACGUGGCUGAGCUCUUCGUCAAGUUUCAGAUGGAGCCAAGUCCAGUUCUGACAUCGCCAACAAGUCAGGAUACAGGAAGCAAUAGUUCAGCUGAUGUCGCUGCCAGCCUUCAGCGUCUAGUUUCUCAACAAGGCCUACAACUGAAACCACGGCAUGGCUCAGGCGUAGCGUCGUUUUCGAUCGAUAACCUGUUAUCGUCAGCGGCCGCAUUGGCCGCCCGCCGAUCGCCAGAGCCUGAAGACAUGACAGUCAAACGGCGAUCAGCGAGUGUGACGCCCCCACCGCACACACCUCCACCGCUGACGCCGCAAGCGUUGUUUAGCCUGGCAGCGAUGCAUCGGGGAGCCGCUUUAUCCAGUCUAUCGGCCGGAGCGAAUCCGUUUGAAUUGCUGCGGAGAGCUACUAGCCGGUCACCCCGAGGUUCGGAGCCCGACGCCGACGAUGAAAAGCUUAACGUGGUUGACUGCAGUGAUUCGGAGGAGACAUGUGACUUGGACGAGCCUGAGCCCGAUGAACACCGGUCUAGCAACAAUAAUAAUGGUGCGCAUAAAGUCCAGUGACGGCAUUACGACGCAUAGCAGCAGCAGCAGCGGCAGCAGCAGCGGCAGCAGCAGCGGCAGCAGCAGGGAAACGUCGCUUCCGCAGACGCGUUUGUCUUGCGCCGGGCAACAGGUUCCCAGCCGGAGGGUAAACGAUGGUAACUUCUAGCGAGACCAACGAUACUAAAACAAUUUAGGUUAAAUUUAGGGGUGACGGCGUCGGACAAACAGAGCAAGAAGCAUGAAAAAUGAAGAUAUUUAUAGAUAGCAAAAAAAAGAAACAAAGGAUUUAAUACUGCAAACGUGUGUAUAUAGAAUAUCGCCUUCGGCUGGUUAGGUCUUGCCUUACCUAUCAUCCAGAGUUCCUUCUGCAGAGUGGCCCUUGAUCGCGAUUCCGACUUCACCCAUUUGGGGGCUUCUGACCUGACCCGCCUAAUCUGAUACAGAACCGGACAGAUUAUUUAUACUCAAAUGUUGUUCGAAUUGUGCUGAAAUCGGGCAUCGAUUCAGGAGAGGCUGUGCCACGAUUUCCACCAGCCUCUAUCUAUCCCAAUUCUGUUGUGCGUAUCCCCUAGCGUCAUUCAUUAUCAAUGUGUGAUUGCGGCAGCGUUGUGGAUGAUGGCAAACUCGUCAUGCUGAUGCCGAUUCGCAGAGGUGUGGUGAGAUCAGGAAGCAUCAACAGAGGAGAACAGAUGGAAAAGGAAGAACGAGAAAUAAAAGCGUGCGUAAAGGAGAUAGUCGCAUGUUUUCAAUGUCCGUUGUAUAUAUGACAUUUGUCGGAUUACGGAAGCCGAAGAUGAUGAAUGGAGUGACAUUGUUCAUGCAUAGCGAGUUGAACGAACGAACAGCUUGCGGAAAACGGGACCGCGAUCGUUAGGAUUAUUCUGUUUUAGAUGCAAUACCUCGAAUAGCCAAGAGCCCUCACCAACAUCGUCAAUGCUAUUGUCACGGUAAAAUUCUCAGUGAAGUCUAUAGACAUCGAAUAGAUGAUGCGCUCUAAAAGAAGAUGUACUUUUUAUCCUUAGUCUUAGAUCGUCAUAGUUUAAAUGCACUCUACGGCUGCACUCCUAACUAUAGAAUUACGGCCCUAAUAGCAAAAACAUAUCGAUGGUAGUAACGAUGGUUCUCUUUGGGUUAUUUUGUAGACAGUAGCAGCGAUGCUGAUGGUGACGGUCGAGUCGGCUAUUACGACGCUCUAUAGAAGAAGAUAUAGUAAAAAAAUGUUUCUGUGUUAAGUAACAUUAAGUUCAAGCGAUGAUGGAUUAUAGCGCUGGUGAUACUGGUGAUUAUGACAGCCAAAAAAAAAGACGUUUGAUUAUCAAUGGUAAUGAUUUCGAUGAUCCAGUCAGACGAUAAAUCAGGCGAUGAUGGUGAUGAGGGCUGACAUAGAUAACUCUAGAGAAAUUCACAAUAUUAAAAUUAGAAAUACAGAUGAGACAGAGAAAAGCCACAUCGUCGAAACAAUAAGUCUAUUAGAUUCUUUGAAUUACCAACACGACAUUGGUAAAUACCCUUCCGCAUUUAUUUGACAAAAGUUUUUCUCUGCUGAAGUAAAAAUAGCGAAUUCCAUGGCCGGUACCACGGAUGACGUGGCACGAAGGACUGUUUACGUAUACGCAGUGUUCAUACAAAACAAUUAACCCUAUCAUUACCAGGCUCAAUUAGGUCCUCUAAUUAGUGUUACUUAAUCGUGCCGUACCACCAUCAUCACAAACUGAAUUUCGACUUCAGUGUAACGGAGAUUGUGAUUGUCCUUGUACAGGUUUUAUUGAUCAACCUAUAGCAUUAAAGGGUUAGCACUUUAUGCGUUCAUUUCAUGUACUAACCGUAAGAGUCAAAAACAGGGCGGUUCAAUACGAAAGUUGUACACAUAAGUAUUCCAAUCUUCAAAAACCCACUGUUAAUUAGAUUUGUCAAUAUAUGUUUCAUCAAAUCGGUGGCCCUGUAAAAAGAUGGAUGACUGAGUACGGGCGAUUCAUAAAUCCACGAGACCAGGGGCGUCAGUCGCAGGAGUCUCGCAGCUGCGACUGGGCGCGCGGAACAGUGUGAGCCGUUCGAAAGUCCAAAGUCAAUUCCUCGUCGACUAUUUCCUCCAACUGUUCCAACCAAUCAUUGCUAUUUAUUUAUAACACUCAAGAGAGAAAUAAAUGAUAUUAUUAUUAUGCGAUAUCUG